AUGGCUGCUCCAAUUCAAAUAUGGGCUAAGCAGGUGCGGGCAAAGGUCUGGGACUUCACACUGAUGGCGGCGGAUGAUAGUGCAGUGCGUCUAAAUAAGCUUUUGUCGCGAGUGUUACAAGUUCCCGUGUCGUUCCCUGAUAUUGACGGUGGUUACCACCUUCUCUACAAUAACCAGCCCAACUUGCAAUUGGGGGCCGAUGGGUACGAUAACUAUCAGGCUCCUGUCCACGUCGACACGGGAGACCUGAUAUUCAGCAGACGGAUGUGGGUAAAGGGCCUGAUGAUGUUUUACCGUCCUGUUGCACCCAACCAGUUUUUGCAUUCACAAGAAGUUGUUUCGCACACUAGGCACAUUGGUGAUCAAAUGUUUGUGACCAUCGAGAGGCGGUUCUCGCACAAGCACCAGUCCCCUGAACCGGCAGUUGUGGAGUCGAGGACGUUGAUGUACACAAAUUCACGAUUCAAGCCCCACACACCCAGCCUGAGUCGAAUUAUGCCAGAGUACUCUCACCAUUUGCAAAUCUCGAGCACAGACAUUAUGCAAUAUAGUUGUUUGACGAGCAACUUGCACAAGAUCCACUACGACAAAAACUACUGCCAAAUAGAAGGGCUUAGAGACGUAAUUGUUCAGGGCCCGUUCAUGGUGACGCUCGCAGUUGCAUGGUUCCGUACUGUUUUCCCGCACCUCCGGCCGGUGCAGAUCUCCUACAAGAACGCUGGGCCGGUGUACGCCCACGAGCGGUGCGAGCUUCUUUUAAAGCGGGCGUCCACAAAUGCAAAUAUGUUUGUGGUUGAGAUUGUAGGGGCCGGAAAGGACGUUCGACUCGCCGGUGAGUUGGUGUGCGAUAGUGAGGUUUAG